UUACAGCUUUUAGAAGCUGAAUUUGAAGAUGACGAAGCUUCUUCAAGUGAAGAAGAAGACAAUAUAAUUUUACAAACUGUUUUAAUACAAAGGUUAAACACACGAUAUUUUAAACCCUGGAUAUAUCAUGUAACAAAAUCAAAAGACUGA